AUGUAUUAUAUUCAGAAAAAUUUUCGACACUGUCGAACCUCAAAAAUCACUCGUGUGCUUGUCUCCUUACUCUACAAAACAUAAGGUAUAUAUAGUCAUAUCAUUUACUGGUAUUCCCAUAGAGUAGGUGACAUAGCAUUCCUUCUUCCCUUUUUAAUUAUUACUACAGGAGAGUUAUUAUUAUUCUUUUUGAGUACCCUCAAAGACUUUUUAGGCAUAUAA